AUUCACAAGCAUGAUAUUUUUGUACUUUAAACUUCUUAUAUGGCAUGCAAAAAUACUUUGAAGUACUUUCACUGUGUAGUCUUUCAAGCUGGCUUGAGCACAGUUAUCAUAACUUAAAAUUUGAAAAAACUUUAAUUUUAGGGUUCUUAUUUUGAAGUCUGUGAGCGACCUCCUCCCGGAAGUAUGUUCCAUCAUCUAGUCCGACAUCCACUCUGUUGUGUGUGUGUGUGUGUAAGGGUUGGCAGAGCGUCAAAUGAGGACCUCAUUUCACCAGUUUGAGUAAACUUCCCCAGUAUUUUGGCAUGUUGAUAUCAGAAAACACGGAGUGACAAUGCAGAUCCUGACUCCUCAUGUUUACUGGGCUCAGCGUCACGGAGAGAUUUAUCUCCGGGUGGAACUGAGCGAUGCCAAGAACCUUGACAUCAGCCUGCUAGAAAACAACACACUUCAGUUCAGAGCACAGGGCCAUGGAGCUAAAGGAGAUAAUGAAUAUGAGUUCAGUUUGGAGUUCCUGCGACCUGUCAGAUCUGAGAUCAACCACAAGUCCACCCAGCGUCAGGUUGACAUCAAGAUCAAGAAGCAGGAGGAGCACUGGUGGGACCGGCUGACGCUGCAGGAGAAGAAGCCUCUGUUUCUGGCUCCUGACUUCGACCGCUGGCUGGACGAGUCCGAUGCCGAGAUGGAGCUUCAGGCUAAAGAGGAGGAGAAGAUAAACAGGAUCAGUGUGGAAUCGAGAGUUCGUAAAGACCCCUACCUCGGUUUGAAGAAAGGCUACUUGUUUAUGUACAACCUUGUGCAGUUCCUGGGAUUCUCCUGGGUCUUUGUCAACAUGACUGUUCGACUCUUCAUUCUUGGUCAAGACUCAUUCUACGAUACCUUCCACACCACAGCUGAUAUGAUGUAUUUCUGUCAGAUGAUGGCCAUGCUCGAGGUCAUUAAUCCCUUGUUGGGUCUGGUGAAGACUGGAUUUUUUCCUGCUAUGAUACAGGUUACGGGGAGGAACGUCAUUCUGUUCGUCAUCUUCGGCAGCCUGGAGGAGAUGCAGAACAAACCUGUCGUCUUUUUCGUCUUCUACCUCUGGAGCACCAUUGAGAUCUUCAGGUACCCUUUCUACAUGCUGGCCUGCAUCGGCACAGACUGGAAGCUGUUAACGUGGCUCAGAUACAGCCUGUGGAUCCCUCUGUACCCGCUGGGGGUUAUAGCUGAGGCGGUGGCUGUGAUCCAGUCCCUGCCCAUCUUUGAUGAGACCCGUCUGUUCAGCUUCCCCCUCCCUGCAGUGCUGGGACACUCUUUGAGCUUCUCCUACAGUCUGCAGCUCUACCUGGUCCUCAUGUUUCUAGGUCUCUUCAUCAAUUUCCGACACCUGUACAAGCAGAGGAGGAGACGAUACCGCUCAAGGAAAAGGAAAGUCCACUAACUGAUCAGCACAUUUAGUUUGCACACACUCUGAACUGCCGUCCACGUAAAGUUAAAGCAGCUGUUCUCUUCUUACUGCCUUUUCUCAUCUUCCCUCACACACAUAAUCACAGUGACCUGAUGGGGGGGUACUGGUCACCUUUUCUCUCCACUGGGUGAAUGGUUAACCUUGUCCAGACCAAAUUCUGUAAAUCCUACUGUACCAGCUCUUUGCCUCCCUGUCGAAUGGACAGUUAAUCCAGUUUGUUUGAGUUGUUAUCAUAUCAUGUCAUAUGACAUUAUCAUUAUAUAAUGUCCAUAUUCACAACGGUGAAAAUUAAUAAUGAAACCAGUGGUGACCAGUGGCAAAAUUGUAUUAUUUAUUUAUGCAAAUGUAAGACCAGUUCAUUAUUGGAAAUCUAAAAGUUACUGCUCACACCUGGGGUAGAAAAACCAUUUAGGAGCUGUUCCUGUUCCCAAAUUGCUGCAACAGGUUUGUCGUAUUUAUCUUUCACAGUAUUUAGAAAAUCAUGUCCUUCUUGGUUCAAAAAUAAUAUUGUUAACCUCAAAACAGCUAUUUAAAACAUGUUUUGUACCUGUUUACAAGUCACAAAUCUGUUACUGUCAACAUGUUAUUGCAUGUGAAUACACUUGAAAGCCAACACAGUUUUAAUACUCUCUCUGUUGUGGUGUGUUCAAGGAUGCUUCAGUAUCUGAGGAUUUACAAUUUCCUGCAGCAUUUUAAUACAAGAGACAAGCAAAUUCA